AUGUCUACGAAGCAAAAUGCUCAAACCCAAACCAAGUCACCUACAAAACCAUUAAUACUUAUAUUUGGGUUGAUAAUGGUAUGUGUUAUGAUACUAGCUGAACUGAAGGCAUUGAUAAAAGUGGACGACGAAAUUGGCAUUGAACACAAUAUAAGAGUCCCUCUACCACCGUUCGUCGUGGUCACAGGUGCCAGUGGUAACCACUUCUGCCCAUUGCAAGCAUGGGUAAUCAGCCUCCAUGCCAAAGUGGCUACUCUUCCACGCUAUCGUAGACCCCGAAUAAUAGUUUAUGAUCUGGGACUGGAUAAUGAGCAAAUCACGACACUGAAUACAAUGCGAUCAAAUGGCAUGUUCCAUGAACUUCGUAAACUCGAAUGGUCCAAGUAUCCAUCCUUCUGGAACAUAUCGGUUAAUGCAGGGGAAUACGGAUGGAAGACUGGAAUAAUAGGCGAGGUAGUCAGAGACUACCCGGGCGUAGUUGUGUGGUUGGAUUCGGGUACAUUAAUACAACCAGACUUUUUUUCUCAUGUUGAUCUGGUAUCAACAGAGUAUGCUGGAUUUUUAUCUCCCAAAUCGCCAAGUAAUCUCCUUCGUUGGACGCAUCCUGGUGUGUUUGAGUAUUUCAAUGACGAUCCGGCAAAGUACAAAAGAGUCCAUAAUUGUAAUGCUGCAGCAAUAGUGUUUGACUAUAAUGUUCGGAAACAUCUGGUAGAUAGAUGGGUUAAUUGCGGAUGGGUGAAGGAUUGUAUUGCACCCGAUGGAAGCAGCAGAGAAAAUCAUCGACAGGAUCAGGCGUUGCUGACUUAUUUGGCGGCAAAAGAGGGUCUAUACUGUACACAAGGUCAGGCAUCGAUCGGGAUUAAAGUACAGCGUGACGCCAAGUGUCAUAAUAUUAUACAUGAAUGGAUGAACUCGAUUACGCCUGAGCACAACGAGACAGAUAUAUCCAAUGUUACAAAUAGUCAUGAACAUGAGAAGACGGAUUGA